AGUUAACUGUGUGCUUUGGCACAGUUUAUAAACACACCCUACUUCUACUCUUAUAUAAAAAAGUGGUAAUCAUCAAGCAAGUUAUAGAGAUCCCAAAACUCAAGGACUGAAGAAAGAUGUCUAAUUCUGGACAGAACACUAGAACAGGACAGGGUAAACUGCUAGAAGCUCAAGCUGAGGAUGCAAACAAGAAAACACCUGAUCAAUCACUGUUUAGUUAUAAAGGGGUUCUAUAUCCCUGUUCUGUAACUAGUAAGGAAACAUUGCAAGCUCUUCAAUUGUUGGAAGCCAGAGAAGAUGACUUGCUUAUUGUAACAUAUCCAAAAUCUGGAACUAAUUGGGUAUGCCAGGUUCUACAUGAGGUGGUUCAUUUAACUCACCAAAGAGAACCAUUGGUGGAUGCAUUAAUACUUGAAUUUGGUAAACCAGAGAAAGUAGAGCACUUAAAAGAAAAACCUUCACCAAGGAUCUUGUCAACACAUCUAAAUUAUGAUAACAUGCCACGGUCAUUUUUUGAGAAGAAAUCAAAAAUCCUGCUGAUCCUUCGGAAUCCAAAAGACACAGCUGUUUCAUUUUACCAUUUCUACAAUAAUAAUCCCGUGCUUCCCACUUACAGUUCCUGGGACUUGUUUUUUAAAGAUUAUAUCAGUGGAAAUGUGUGUUAUGGAUCAUAUUUUGAAUAUCUGUUGGGCUGGAACAAGAAGCUGGAUGAAUUGAAUAUAAUGACAGUUACAUUUGAAGAAAUGAAAGAGGACUUUGCUGUUCAGUUGGAGAAGAUUUGUGAAUUCACAGGGCUCCCUUUGACAAAGGAGCAAAUUAAGUUGGUUGAAAAAAAGACUACCUUUAAAUCUAUGAAAGAAAAAGCCACUGAAACAAACAGCAAGCUUGCUAAAGCCAUGUUCAGAAAAGGAGAAAUUGGGGAUUGGAAAAGCAAUUUUACUGAAGAACAGAGCCAAGAGGUGGACUCAAAGUUUGAGGCGUCCCUUGCAGGAACAACUCUGGGUGAGAAGCUGAAUUACAAUAAAUACUGCAAGUUCUAGAAUUCACCCAUGGAGACCUUUGUUCAAGUAAAACAAUGUGUUGUGGGUUUGCUAUAUGCUUUAUUAUUGAAUAAACAUGACUUUAUUGUU